UCCUCCUAUGAAAUCAAGGCAAAGUACCAUAAAUCCAUAAUCACUUGCCUAGAGAAAAAAGCUAAUAAUUUAGCCUUAGCUGUCCUUAUUCAAUUUUUAGACUUCUUUGCUCUAUAGCACAAAUGGCUUACAUGGUAUCAUCUUCCACAUCAAAGUUUUCGAGUUUUAAGCUUCAAUGUUGCUUGUUUUUGGUAACGAUUGGAGUGGUUUCAGCGCAGUUAUCAUCAACAUUCUAUUCAAGCUCAUGCCCAAAUGUGCUCUCGACAAUUCAGUCUGCAGUUCAAUCUGCAAUCAAUACCGAGUCUCGUAUGGGAGCAUCCUUGCUUCGGCUUCAUUUCCAUGACUGCUUUGUUAAUGGAUGUGACGGUUCAAUUUUGCUCGAUGACAAUGCAACGUUCACCGGUGAAAAAACAGCAUUACCCAAUGUGAAUUCAGUGAGGGGUUACGACGUGAUCGAUACCAUAAAAUCUCAAGUUGAAAAUGUGUGUCCGGGUGUAUCUUGUGCUGAUAUUUUAGCAGUUGCUGCUAGAGACUCCGUGGUUGCGCUUGGUGGACAAAGUUGGACAGUCCAACUAGGGAGAAGAGAUUCGACAACGGCAAGUCUAAGUACAGCAAAUUCUAAUAUUCCAGCCCCAACUUUGGAUCUCAGCCAGCUUCUUGACUCUUUCAAUAACCAAGGCUUUACUCCCCAAGAACUGGUUGUUUUAUCAGGAGCUCACACUAUAGGCCAAGCAAGAUGUACUACUUUUCGAUCACGUAUCUACAAUGAGACUAACAUAAACUCCACAUUCGCGACAUCGUUGCAAGCAAAUUGUCCUAGUAAUGGCGGAGACAACAACCUUUCACCACUUGACCAAACGAGCCCAACGACGUUCGACAAUGCCUACUUCACCCACUUGACGAGCCUACAAGGUUUGCUUCACUCGGACCAACAGUUGUUCAGUGGAAAUGGUGGAAGCACAGACUCUCAUGUCACGUCCUAUAGUUCGAGUUCUUCAACGUUCCUCUCAGAUUUUGCCGAUGCAAUGGUGAAGAUGGGUAACCUAAAUGUUGUUACUGGCACAAAUGGAGAAGUGAGAACUAAUUGUAGGGUGACCAACUGAUUUGAUGAACUUUCGCUUGGUUGAUAAUGAAAAUAAGUACAACUCUUUAAUACUUGUAAUGAAAGAGAGAAUUGCAAAAGAAAAAAAUAUAAAUGGUGUGUUUCCAUGAUUUUGUUGUUUGUUGUUAUUUAAAAGAAUUAUUAAGCUCUUUGUAAUUGUGUAUUAGUUGGAAGCUUUAUUCUAGAUUAAAGUAUAAAGGAAAUUUAUAAAUUUGCUUUUUUUUGAGUA